AUGGUGCUGGGCUGCUCGGCUGCCUUCACAGACCUCCUGCUGCCGGGCCCCGAGGAGCCGGUGGUCAACGUGGCCGUGGGCUUCGAGGACAACGUCGGCACGGAGGCCGUGGCCCAGAUCCUUGACUUCAUCUCCUCCCAGACCCAGGUCCCCGUCAUCAGCAUCAGCGGGGGGUCUGCCGUGGUCCUGACCCCAAAGGACCCUGGCUCAACUUUCCUGCAGUUGGGUGUCUCCAUCGAGCAGCAAAUCCAGGUGAUCUUCAAGGUGUUGGAGGAAUACGACUGGGGCUCCUUCGCUGUCAUCACCAGCCUCUACCCGGGCUACAACAUCUUCCUGGACGUCAUCCGCUCCUUCACGGACGCCAGCUACUUUGGCUGGGAGCUGCAGGAGGUGCUCACCUUUGAGAUGAGCCAGGAGCGGAGCAGCUCCAGGACGCAGCGGCUCCUGCGGCAGAUCGAUGCCCAGGUCAUCAUCGUCUACUGCUCGCGGGAUGAGGCUGAGCACCUCUUUGCCAUGGCAGAACAAGCUGGCCUCGUGGGGCCGGGCUACGUCUGGAUUGUGCCCAGCCUGACAGUGGGCAACAUGGAGGUUCCACCUGCCUCCUUCCCUGUCGGCCUCAUCAGUGUGGUGACGGAGAGCUGGAAGCUGAGCCUGCGGCAGAAGGUGCGGGAUGGGGUGGCCAUCAUUGCCAUGGGAGCGGCCAGCUUCUUCCGGGCCCACGGCUACCUCCCGGAGGUGGGACUGGACUGCCAGGCCCCUGCUGGGGCCACCACUGCCAACACCAGCUUCUACCGGCACCUCCUCAAUGUGACAUGGGAGCACAGGGACUUCUCCUUCAAUGAAGGCGGCUACCUGGUCAGGCCCACCAUGGUGGUGAUCUCACUCAACCAGCACCGGCUCUGGGAGAUGGUGGGCAAGUGGGAGAAAGGCAUCAUCCACAUGAAGUACCCGGUGUGGCCCCGCUACGGCUCCUUCCUGCAGCCCGUGGCCGAUAACCGCCACCUGACAGUGGCCACGCUGGAGGAGAGACCCUUUGUCAUCGUGGAGAACACAGACCCCAGCACUGGGGUCUGCGUGCGCAACACCGUGCCCUGCCGCAAGCAGACCAACUCCUCGCAGAGUGGCGAUGGCCUUGUGGAUCCCUACACUAAGCUGUGCUGCAAGGGCUUCUGCAUUGACAUCCUGAAGAAGCUGGCCAAGGCAGUGAAGUUCUCCUACGACCUCUACCUAGUGACCAAUGGCAAACACGGCAAGAUCGUCCGUGGGGUCUGGAACGGCAUGAUUGGUGAGGUGUACUACAAGCGCGCGGACAUGGCCAUCGGCUCCCUCACCAUCAACGAGGAGCGCUCUGAGAUUGUGGACUUCUCCGUGCCCUUCGUGGAGACGGGCAUCAGUGUCAUGGUGGCCAGGAGCAACGGCACAGUCUCCCCCUCUGCCUUCCUGG